GCAGCCGAAAUGCGACAGUGCGACCCUGCCAGGAGUCGAACCUGGAAUCCCCUGAUUCGUAGUCAGAUGCCUUAUCCAUUGGGCCACAGGGCCAUGCUUAUGACUUCGCCCCAUCGUCAUUUUGGCUUGCGCAUUCGUUUUACUUACGACAGAAUUCUUCGUGUUUGUAGCCAUGAAAGAAAGGGACUUCUGUGAGUGAAUUUUUUUACUGUGGUCUAAUAAAAAAGUCGAAACGCAGUGCCCAAUAUAUGAAUUGCUCCUAAUAGCCGGAAACAGGCCGUGUCGAUGAUGUAGGCCGACAUACGCAACGCAAACCAAAGAACGCUUUAUGAAAAUCCUAACACGAGCGCGGAAGAAGCCCAAAUUAACAGACUAGAUGUAAUGCUGAAGACCUCAAACUCCAGCAGCUUCUCUUGCAGACUAUUGCGUCGUACUACAAAUAAAAAUUAACAUGCUUUCGCAUAGUCGCGGCACCCAAAACGGACAUUAUACGAUGUACAGAAACACACAUUUCUGUUUUCGCGCCAAAUCAAUUCCCGGGAGUGGUACUUUUACGUCCGCAUACUUCGCACCGUCUUAAAUUAUAUCUCAUUUACACGGUAAUGUUUAGUAUACUUCUACUGUGAUAACAAGCAUCGUUUAUCGUUGGAUUGUUGUAAGAAAACAUUAAAAAUGAGUGAAGCAGCUUCUCCAAAGAAAAUCGCACCCAAGAAGAAACCUGCUGCAAAGAAGACAGCUGAUCACCCUAAAUAUGUGGACAUGAUCAAGGCUGCUAUCGCUACCCUAAAGGAACGCGGUGGUUCAUCUCGCCAAGCUAUUACAAAAUAUAUUCAUGCAAAUUACAAAGUUGCUGAAAACUCAGAUCAUCAUCUGAAAAUGGCUCUUAAACGAGGAGUAACAUCAGGCGAUUUGAUUCAAACUAAAGGCACUGGUGCUUCUGGAUCAUUCAAGCUAGGUCAGGUAAAAAAAGAAAAACCUAAGAAAAAGGCCGCAGCAAAAAAGCCAACGGCAAAGAAGCCUACUGCAAAGAAAAGUACACCAAAAAAGAAGCCAGCAAAGAAGAGCACGCCAAAGAAAGCAGCAAAGAAGCCUGCCACAAAGAAAGCCUCGGCUAAGAAACCAGCAGCUAAGAAACCCACAAAGAAGCCUGUUGCUAAAAAACCUGCAGCAAAGAAGGUCAAAAAGACUCCCAAAAAGGCAGCAAAGAAGACCGCAAAAAAAUAAUUUGUGUGUAUCUGGCUAUUACAUUAACAAACGGCUAUUUUUAUAGCCACACAUUUACAAAAAAACAUUAUCUUGGUACAAAGUUAAACUUGUUUAAGUCACUUAAACAGUUAAAAAAGAGUAAAUUUAAGAUUAGAUUCCC